AUGCGACGACUUUUUGGAAUCAUCGUUGUGGCAGUAACCUUAAAUUUCUUAUCUAUAUUGGCAAAGGAUUCUAAUACUGAUUCAACAAAGCCUGCAGAAGAGAUAUUCGAUCUGUUCUACCAACAGUCCGAGAAGGAAGACGUUCUCGGAGAAUGGAAGAGGGUCUAUCUUGAACUAGCUGUCCCGGCACUAUUCUGGACAGUAGCAAAUGGAGCAUACCAAGGACAAAGAUUAGGUGCACAGCCCAGAGACAACAACCAGUGGAAUUCCAUUAAAAAAUGGAUUGGCUCAUGGUGGGAGUGGGCAGGUCUGUCAAUUGCCCCUCUCUUAUCGUAGCC